UGGAACACCUGAAUUCAGUGAUUUGGAUGGGUGACUGGAAACUUUUGGAAAUAUAGAAUAUUCAGUUAAUUUAACUAAAUAUCCUUUCCAGUACCAUGUUGUGUAUUUGAGUGUUCUACAAGGUAAGAUUUGGCUUGAAUUAGCUCUAAAACACUGAACCUUUGUUCACACCUGUUUUCAUAAACGUGGUAAAUCGAUAAUUCAGAUGACUUUACAAUUAUAUUAUAAGUUUAUGGAAUUUGAUCAUUGCAGUCCUGCUUACCUCAAAGAGAAGCAAAGUUUAAAGCAUUUUAUAUGAAAUUACGUCAUAUAAAAUAGCGUUAAGUGGAUUGAGAAAUACUGACUGUACAGACUCCAAAUGCAAGAUGCUUUUUAGUGAAGUAGCCUCUGCAAAUCUGCAUAAAUCUGUGCAAGUGACUCAUCCGUCCAUGUUCUGUCCAGAAAUGCAUUCUUUCAUAGCAGCUGCUUUAGCUUUACUGACCCAAAGUUCUUUUCAGCAACUCUUCUUACUGUAUAUAAACCCUUUAGCCCUGCUGUGCUUACAGGUACACCAGGACAUCAGCAGAAAACCAAGACCCGGGACAGUCGUGUAGACUUGCUUAUGUAGUUUCUGACUCUGUGUGAUGCGCUUUUAUCUAUGAAUAAGGACAAACGUACAUCAUACAGCUAAAAACAGUAGCACUCAUCUUGAAUUCUGGACUUUGUCUGUGCUUUUGUUCAUUUCUAUAGUAAACAGUGUGUCAAACAGCACCAGAGGCCACUUAAACAGGCCUGUCUGUGAUCGUUUAACCUCCAAGGCAAACGUGUGAUGAUUUACUGGUGGCUGUAAGUUUCCAUUCCUUGUUAGCUACGUUAGCCUCAAAGCUCCAGUGCAAGACUAAAGAAGCUUUGUGUAGUUUAGACUAGUUCAGGCGCCAGUGAAGUCUAGAACACAGAACCAAAACACUAGUGUGCAAUACUGGUGUGUUCCAAUCGGAAGGCAGCUGCCUAAGUAGGCAGCAUUUGUGCGCUUCCGAGAUGAGUGCUGUCCCAUUCGGAAAGCAGAGUAAGGCAGCUGCUUUUUAAGGUGCCUUACUUUGACCAAAUCUGAAGGCGGGAUCGCAUGUAUCCUUGUCGGUGAAGGCGGUCCCACAAUACAGUUCACCUGAGAGUUCCAUCACUCUGGUCUGAGCAGCCGGGCGGAGGAGCGGCCGUUUUUUGCUGACCGAGGAUUUUACGAAUGUAAGUUACUUCUUCACUUCUGUCUUUGCUGUUUGAUGAAUUGUAUUUGUGUAGGCGGCACGGUGGCGUGGUGGGAAGCGCUGUAGGGCCUUGUUAGCUAAGGUAAGAUAAAGCCAGCGUUAGUUAGCUUAGCCAGCGGGCUAACCGUGUAAACACACCGAGAGAGUCCGGUUUAAAGUACUGGCUGUUCACUGUUUAGUAGCGUUCAGUGUCAGUAUUUAGGGAUUUUCUUCUGUCCUCAGGAACAAAUGCUACAGCGGCGGAGAGGCCGAGCAGGAGGAGCAGCCAUCCGAGGGGCUGAGGAGGAGGAGUGGCCAUCCGAGGGGCCGAGCAACGAGCAAGAGGUGAGGCCGUCCAAGGGGCCGAGUAAGAGGAGAGGCCGUCAGAGGGGCCGAGCAAGAGGAAAGGCCGUCCGAGGGGCCGAGCAAGAGGAGCGGCCGUCCGAGGGGCCGAACAGGAGGAGCAGCCAUCCGAGGAGCUGAGGAGGAGGAGCGGCCGUCCGAGGGGCCGAGCAAUGAGCAAGAGGGGAGGCCGUCCAAGGGGCCGAGUAAGAGCAGAGGCCAUCCGAGGGGCCGAGCAAGAGGAGAGGCCAUCCGAGGGGCCGAGCAAGAGGAGCGGCCAUCCGAGGGGCCGAGCAGUAGGAGCAAGAGGAGCGGCCAUCCGAGGGGCUGAGCAGGAGAAGCAGCCAUCUGAGGGGCUGAGGAGGAGGAGCAAGUGGAGCGGCCGUCUGAGGGGCCGAGCAGGAGGAGCGGCCGUCCGAGAGGCUGAGCAGGAGGAGCGGCCGUCCGAGGGGCCGAGCAGGAGGAGCAGCCGUCCGAGGGGCCGAGCAGGAGGAGCGGCCGUCCGAGGGGCUGAGCAGGAGGAGCAAGAGGAGAGGCCAUCCGAGGGGCCGAGCAGGAGGAGCAAGAGCAGAGGCCAUCCAAGGGGCUGAGCAGGAGGAGCAGCCAUCCGAGGGGCUGAGGAGGAGGAGCAAGAGGAGAUGCCGUCUAAGGGGCCGAGCAAGAGGAGCGGCCGUCCGAGGGGCUGAGCAGGAGGAGCAAGAGGAGCGGCCAUCCGAGGGGCCGAGCAGGAGGAGCAAGAGCAGAGACCAUCCGAGGGGCUGAGCAGGAGGAGCAGCCAUCCGAGGGGCUGAGGAGGAGGAGCAAGAGGAGAUGCCGUCUGAGGGGCCGAGCAAGAGGAGCGGCCGUCCGAGGGGCCGAGCAGGAGGAGCGGCCGUCCGAAGGGCAGAGUAGGAGGAGCGGCUGUCUGAGGUGCUGAGGAAGAGGAGCAGUCACAGGGAGAAAACUGGGCUGAAUGAACGAAGGCAGCUGGACUUGCCGAGCGUAUUUGGGGCACUGACGUUCUCCCUGAACGGUGAAAACCACUGGAACUGGCGUUGAAGCUCAGAAAUAAAAUGUUUUUAAUAAACACUACAGACGCUUGUUUCUGCUGCUCCGCUUGUUAUUGCUGUACUUACCACAGCCACAGCAGCGUGAGGUGAAAACCGACGGAUACAUUUCAGACCAGGAGCUCAUAAAUCAGAUAAUGAUUCAAAUAAAAUGCAUAUUAGCUGUUUAA